AAAUGUUUCGAUUAAAUAUUUGAAAGCUUCUCUCUCAGUCAUUCGCAAAUAAAUACGAUACAAUUAACAUUCUCCUGUUUAAUAACGAAUAAAUAAACUGUAAUCGAUAUCUUUGCGAACGUCGUUCAUAGAGAGGUUUUUUUGCAAUAAUGUUUAUAUUUGUUAAGGCUUCGCUUGAAUCUCACACGAUAAUAAAUUCAAUUUGCGCAUUUAUAUACGUACGCACACGCUCGUCGAGAAGAAUCCGAAUAUAUAAAACAAGAGAUGAGCGAUAUUAUAUUUGAUUCUCGAUUCUCGCGCGUUCCUCUUUGUAUUCGCCGGAUGAAACACGGAGAUAACACAAAGAUACCGAUCGACAGAACAUAACAGCUCGCUCGCUUAACGAUACAACACACAUACGAGAGUGCCGACUGUAGCCUGCGCCGGCGCUGGGGAAAAAAAAAAAAAAGCGGCUUGCGACAACGCUGUUUCAUUGGAUCGCUCGCGCCUCGCACGAUGCGGAAAACCGAAAACGAUCCCGAGGGGAUGUAAUAGACGAGAUAAGGCCCAGCGGCCGCGACGCGAGCGAGCCAACGGAAAAACGAAUAGGUGGGCUCUAAAUCUCAUUGUCAGGGGGCCGAAUUCGCCGUCAUCGGUCUGGCUGGCACAUUCGUCGUUUUUCCGACGCAUCCGGCAUCCGGCAUCGCUCCGUGCCGCGUGCGUAAUUCGACAUUCGAGCGGGGGCAACUGGCGAGCGCGCGUGGCGCGCGUGCACGCAUGAUCCUGCGCUCGUUACGACACCGACGACUCGCCCGGUCGCCUCUCGCGUGCCGCGUGCCGCGUGCGUGCAUUCGUGCAUUCGUCCGACGCGACGUUCGCGAGACCGCGAGGCGUGCGACCGAUCGAAAAAUCGGCGUCCCCCUCCCCGCCAUGUAAACGUAACGUAUCCGUCGUAUUGACACGUUCGCGUCGAAAAUCCGAUCUCGCUAGCUGCCGACCGAUUAGUGUACCUCUCUUCAUCAACCGAUUGAUCGUCAUUAAAUUGCGGCUUUUUCUUCGCGAUCAAAGUGUAGUUUUUUUGUCGGCGCGAUCCGGUUCAUCGCCAGCGUGACGCUUUUAUCACGAUACGUGGUACCCGUCCAUCUCGACAUCUCGCGAUUCGAGCACAACGUAGCGAUUAUUGUGCGUAUGUGUGUAUGUGUGAUGUGUGAUGUGUGACGUGUGACGGCGAAGGGCGGGCAGUAGUGCAAAUAGUACAGUUCGACGAACUUGUACCACACGAUCCGAAUCUUCGUUGUCAACUACGCGCCUCGUGGAAGAUAUCGGCUUUAGAAUUAGAUUGAUUGGUAGUCAAUGGAGGACUUAAACAUUCGCUUAUUCACACUUACACGAAUUCAUCGAGUUCCCGGGGAUACAACCUGGGACUCGACAACGAACUCUGCGAUUCGUUUGUUUUUUGUUCAUCCGUGCUCGUCGUAUUUUCGCCUUGCCAAGUUACAUUGUCCAUGGUGAAAAAAAAAAAAAAAAAAAAAAAAAACGCCGGAAGGUUACACGCGAUUAUCGCCUGUCUGGCAAUAAACUUAUAAUCGUGAGUGUCGUUCGAAACUUCACUACGGAAACAAUGGCCAUUGUGAUGAGAAUUCGGAAUAAUAAAGUGGUUUAUCUGAACAUACCUGCGCCGAAAUUAAAAGGUAGACCACGAAGAAAGCGUAAAAAGCGCAGCGCUUCGCCGGGCGAAUCCUCGAACGAGAGCGAAGCCUCGGUGGCGUCGACGUCGAAGAGUACGUCGGCGAUCACCAGCCUGGUGAUACCCACGGUCGGAAGGCCGCCCUCGUCCGGGAUACGGCGGAGCGAAAGGAAGACUAGCGCGGAAGAAAAGAAGUUCAUCACUGACGUGCAGAGUUUUAUGAACUCUCGGGGUACGCCGGUCGGAAAGAUGCCACUGCUGGGCUACAGGCAGAUCGAUCUGUUCCUGUUCUAUACAAAAGUGCAAAUGCUUGGUGGUUAUGAUUCUGUCAGUGCUGGGCGCCUUUGGAAGACUAUAUACGAUGACAUCGGUGGUAACACGGGUUCUACUAGCGCAGCAACUAUUACACGUAGACACUACGAAAGAUUGUUGUUACCUUACGAAAGGUAUCAGCGAGGCGAAGAAACAAAAGUGAGAUUGAAUCUCGGACGACGUACCAAGAGUAUGAGUGCAUCCGAAGAUUUAGACAUCAAGGAGGAACCGAGCGAGUUCUAUAUGUCGGAAACACCUCCACCAAUAGAUGUAAUUCCUGCGACCACAACACCACCCUUACAACCAAUAAUGUCAGCAACAACAACGACUUUACUCUUGAGUGAGAAACCCAAAGCCGAAACUGGCAAGACAUCCUCAUUACGUAGCGUGCGAGUGAAGCCGGAACGUCUGAAAUCUUUGAAUACAAUAAUCGCCAAUAAUGCGACACCUUCCAGCCAGCAAGCUAGCCAACUGCCAAGUCCACCGCCAUCCUCCAAUACAUCUAUCUCGACGCCCAAUAGCACACCCUCCACAACACCGACGAAUGGUACCAGUAACAAUCAGAGUGUCUUGGAGAGGCAGCUCAACAGUCCUUUGAUAUCCCAACAAGUUCCACCAUCGUGUUCGCCACCAGGCUUGCCUGUGACUAGUGUAGCGGCAAACGCGUCGACGGUCGUCACUCUAACACCUCCACCUGAGAAGGAUAUGAAGGAGAUCAAGUUGGAUCCCAAGCAAACAACUUUACUGGCACAAGGCAAGGAAAAUAUACCACUAUUCGGCGGCGAGAAAUUCGCGGAAAAGACGAUAAUGCCACCAGUCUCCAGAUCACCUGAAGUGAUCGACCUUGAAAACGAGAACGACACGAGUCGAGACAAAAUAAUCAUUCCCAGCUUUAAGAAACGUAAACUCGAGAUUUUGCGCGAAGGCGGUCUCGAAGUUACCGCCGUUGAUCUGGACGUGCGACCGAGCGUAAUUCAAAGCUGUGUUGGUAUGUCGCCGCAACAGCAUCAACAGCAGCAAUCGCCAUCAUCCUUGCCUGCUACAAUGAAGUCUACUGAAGAGAAGCAACCGUCGAUCUCGCCGUAUCCACUUCCAGUUACGCCCAACUCCAUUCCUAAAUUGAUAUCCGUCACUGUGACACCCGAUAUAGGACAUAUGUUACCGUCGCCGCAUGAGCAUCAAAAUCAUCCGCCGCGAAUACCAACGAUUAAACAAUUACCAGUUCAUCACAACAAUAACAAUAUUAGCAUGAUGAAUAACAAUAAUAUGAUAAACAGUCGAAUAAUAAAUCUUGGUAACUCGAACAAUACCGCGCUAUUGCAACUGUAUGCGAAUGCGAACGUCGUACCAUCAACUAUUUCGUCUGUGCAACAAUCAAGCCAUCGUUUCGUUCCACCAAAUAUUCCAAAUGGCAGGUUAUUACUACCAAAGGUGACACAAUCAAGGUCGAUAUUUGUGCACAAUGAAAGGACGGUUUAUGGAAAUCCCAAGGAUAUUUUGAACUCUCCUCCAAAAUAUCACUCGCCGCAUCCGCAUCAACAACAGCAACAACAGCGCUCGCAGCAACAUCCACAAAUGAGCUCCAGCAACGACAUCGGACAAGGUGUUCUCGAUCUGACGCAAAAGAACGAGAAACCGACGUUCCCUAGGCCCAGUCUAGAAAUAGUCAGAGUACCUGUAGUGCAGAGGCCUAAUCCAUUAAAUCUGGACGUGCGGAAUUCACCCGUGGCUAAGGAUAAAUUGUCGGACAGACCUGUCGUCGACUGUCCAAAGCGAAUACCCUUUCCUGCCUACCAAAAUGUAAUUGACAGUCGAACUAUCGCGUCGAAUAACCUCGAGAUUACGCUAGUGAAUCCCAAGCACAAAAACAAUCAUCACGUCAUACCGUCUCACGUUCAAAUACCGAGUCCACCUAAUAAAAAUGCGAUAGGAACGAUAAGUAGCGUGCAAAUGAGGCAGCAGCAAUCGCAGCAACAAGUGAACGGAAAGUAUACGGUGAGAAAUGAGCCGAUUUCGCCAUACACACCAAGGAAGCCAAGUCAUCCCAUCAUACCAAACGUACCCAAUUUGAAUCAUUUGAAUCAUAGUGGAAGUUCAUUUCCUAGAAUUCAGGCAACGACAUUGCAACCACAACAACAAAUGAGCAUUGAUAGGAGGAAAGCGGCUGCGGAGGCCGGUAGGGAUCAUCAAUAUCGUAGGAUUAGCGAGGGCGAGAAAUCAUCUUUGGCAGCGCAACAGCAGCAACAUCAACAUCAUCAUCAUCAUCAUCAUCACCAUCAGGAACCCAGACAGAACGAGGCUGGGCGGCGACACAGUUUACCCAGCAUACCAUCGGGAUUCGUACCGACGGUACCGCAAAAUAAUUCUGCUCCCUUUCCUUUGCCACAAUUGCCAAACGCGUCCGGCAAGUUCCUACCAAUUCUGGACUCUAUGUACUACUCCACGUUCUACAACGGUUUGUUCCCACCGCCGAUUCCGCCCACGGCCACCGCAGCUGCUGCCACCGCGUCGUCGUUUUUACCGCCGGAAUUUAACGCAUAUUACAAGGAAUUACUUGCUUCCUCGCAACCAAGACUGACGGGGAUGACGGGGCAGCCGCCGCAUCAACAGCCGGCCGCUCCAACGUCUAAAUAGACAAUGGGAUCUCAACAUUUAGGGUUUCCGGCAUAGCGAAAGACGCUUUGAUUACUAGAGAGACAAGGAUCCGUCGGACUUCUUCGCUGUCGAAAUGUAAAUCAGCGAGUGACGCGAUAUAAUGAUGAAAGUGAUGCGAUUUGUUCAAACUAUAUGUUCAGUUAUGUUGUUUUUAUUCAAAGCAACAAGACGAAAUUAUUCACAGUGUUUAUUCAUGAUAGAACAAAGAUAAUCUCACAGGGUCUCGCGCAAAGGUAAAAUGAAGUAUCGGUCAGAUUAAAUGCAGAUGUUAUACGAAGAUAUGUAUUCAAAUUAUGAUAUAUUUCAUAUCAUUAGUUACAAAUAUUCUAAUAGAUGAUUAGAAAGAAAUAUUUGCAUUUGAUGAGAAUUGCAAUAAUAUGUGGGCCUUGUUAUAUAUGUGCGCGCAUAAUAUUUUGUUGUCGCUCGAUUUGAUAUAAUUAAUAAGAUUUAAUAUAUAAUUAAUAUUUUUUAAAUAAUUUUAAUACGUAUACAUAUUACAACGUUAUAUCCAAUAUGUGCGAGUAUAUUAUAAGCCCUCUUUCCAAAAUUAGAUUCUUGGAUUCGUCCUUGCACGAGACUCUAGAGGAUUAUCGAUAUUAAGAAAAAGAUCCUGUGAUAAAAAUGCGACACAAAAUGUAUUGCUGUAUUGCUAUUCAAGGAGACAGUCGAUGGAAUCCACAGAAAAUCGUUAUUUUUAUAUGUUUAUUUUAUAAAUUGUUUACGCGCGUUUUUGAUUUUCAAUUUAUGUUAUAAGACAAAAUAUUCUGAUUUGGAAACUUGCCUGUGAAGAUUACCUGCUAUGCUAGAGUUUCCUGGUGUCUCGUUCCGUCAUAAAAAAAAGUUCUUCCUGAGAACAAUUACUUUUUUCUUUUCUUCACAUAUUUAGAUAUAUAUUCUCAAAAGAGUAUCAUUAUCGUUAAUUUCAAAUUCGUCGAGUCUUUAUUUUCGGUUUUCGUUUUUCACAAGUGUACAUUUUGAUUUAUUUUGAACGCACCAUGUGAUAAACCCGAUGCGUAAAAAAGAAAAAAGAAAAGAACUAUGGCGAACGUAUAGCCGGCGGAUCAUCGGAAUGUAUAAUUGUUUACUGUGUGUAACGGAGUAAAUCUUAUGUAGUAACGCUCGCGAAAACCCAAUGUACUGUGUAUAAGCUAGACAAUUUUCAUUAUAAUAAAAAAAAAGAAACACUCGUACACAAUCACAUACACACUGCUCUAUAGUCACCUCUAACGAUAUAAGCGCACGUAUGCAAUGUUAUAGCAGCGACAUGUAUAUACUGUAUAUAACUACGUAAAUCAUUAAGCUAGACAAAUCCUACAUUAUCUCUCAACAUAUUACGUAAGAAAGUUAAGUUUAGUAAGUGUACACAGGCUGUCUUGCUCGUGUGGCCAACGAUUGUCGUAUCGCUGUUUUUCCUUAUGAGGAAAGAAAACGAUAUUUUUCUUCACAUUUCCGAUGGUCUCUUUUUUCGCUCGGAAGACAUUUGUGACGAUCUUUCGUUUUCUAACGCCGCGCCGUGUCGACGUGAGGGAGCGCGCGAUGUAAGCUUUUCGUUUUAUCUCUGUAAAAAGCAUCCGGAAACCGCGUGCAAUCAAUUAAUUACUUGUUAUGCGCGAUCGCUACUAAACGUGAUCGAACAUCGCGGGCCACCACAAUACUUUGGAAACAGAUUUUUAAAAAAUUACCGACGGUAUAUCCAUGUUAAAUGUAGACAUAUUGAAUAGAAUUUGUUCGUUUUAGGAUACUCUGAUCAAAAGAAUACUAAUAAAUAUGAGAAUAACGUUAAAGCAUUCGUAACCCUAAGACGUACAAGAGGAAGAAAGAUCCGUUUCGGAUCAUUCUAGCGAAAAAAAAGAAAAUCAGAUUUCUAUAUUGAUGUCUUUCAAGAGUAUGAAUUAUUCACGUUUUUUCGGAUGGUUCUUUCGUGAUAACAAAGGCGUUGCGGCGCCGAUUGCGAGACCGCGGCUAAUUAACAAUAGCCUUUCCAGUGGUAUUCAACGAGUCGAGAAACAGAAUUCGAUAUUGAUUAUCGAUCAGCGCGAAGGGUCAGGACAUGAGACGCUACCACUGUUGUUAUUUUUGUAAGUACCGCGGCUGACUUCCGGCGACCCGGGCGCGUCGCGACUACGCCGUCGCGUCGCGUCGCGUCGCUUUUCGACAUGGUGCUAUGCGACGAAGAAAUUCUAUUGUAAGUCUUUUCGAAAAAAUUUUAACGGGCGUUGUUGGGUACCAGUGGAUCUCUGGCGCGAUCGCCCGAAAGAACUACAUACACAAUCUUAAGAUAGAUCUUCACGUCCAAGUCUGAUAAAUAUAUACAGAAACAAAAAAGUUAAAGGGAAACUCCACGGGUUCUAGCGUAUGUAUAAAGAGAGGAAAGAAGGAGAUAGUCGAGUAUACGGAUCUCCGUUACUGAUUACGAUUCGCUGUAAUAUCGCGGGGUUUUCGUACAACGCUGCAGCGGCGAGGAAAGUGAACGCUGCGGAAAGCGAAGAUGGACGAAGAGGACGGCAAAGCGGAUGUCGUCGUCGAGUCUCCGCAAAGGGAAAGGCUUUUAUGAGAAUACGUGCCAUAAAAAAACAAACUGAUUAGAUAGCGACGGUCAUUUGUACAUGCUUUUGACGAGCCCCUUAACUGCAGUUCGAAAAACUAAGAAGGUAGACGCGAAU